CCAGAUGGAGAAUACUGGACCAUGGAUCUAAGAUAAGAAUGGGACAUCCCCAGUCUGGAUCAGACAAAAUGGGAAAAUCGAGACUUUUUCGCAUCUUUCUAAUCCUGGGCUCUCUUUUUAUGAUCCUUCUGAUUAUAAUAUAUUGGGAUGAUGUUGGAGCCACACAUUUUUACCUGCACACCACCGUGUCAGGGCCUCACUUCUCACAUGUUCCCUCUGAGAGUCACUCCACCUCCAGACACAAAGCCGAUGACGACAAGGGGAAUUCCUUCCUGUCGGACAUCGAUGCCUUCAUUAACCAGUUCCUGGAGGGCACCAAUGAGCCGAGUCAGCAAACAAGGGAGGACGGCGCCCCGGAAGCCUCCCACAACCAGACUGGCGAGGCGGGGAAACAGGAGGAGAGGUACGUGCCGAGGCGGGAGUGGAAGAUCCACCUGACCCCCAUCUCCGCGGAGAUGAGGCAGAGGCAGGAGAGCAGGAAGCAGCUGAUCCACGACGUCUGCACAAACGGCACCUUGGACUUCCUGGGAAAGAACAGGACGUUUGACGACAUCCCCAACAGAGAUCUGGACCACCUGAUCGUGGACGACCGACACGGGAUCAUUUACUGCUAUGUGCCGAAGGUGGCGUGCACCAACUGGAAGCGCAUCAUGAUUGUGCUGAGCGAGAGUCUCUUGGUAGAUGGCGUCCCCUACCAGGACCCUCUGGAUAUUCCCCAGGAGCACAUCCACAACAGCAGCAUUCACUUCACCUUCAACAAGUUCUGGAAGCGCUACGGCAAGUUCUCCCGACAUUUGAUGAAGAUCAAGCUGAAAAAGUACACCAAAUUUCUCUUUGUCAGGGACCCUUUUGUCAGGCUGAUUUCUGCCUACAGGAACAAGUUUGAGCAGGAGAAUGAGGACUUCUACAAGAGGUUCGCUGUCGUCAUGCUGAGGAAGUACUCAAACUACUCCGAUCCUCCUGCGUCGGUCGUUGAUGCUUUCGCGGCUGGGAUUCGUCCGUCGUUUUCGAACUUCGUGCAGUACUUGUUGGACCCUCAGACUGAAAAAGAGAUGUCCUUCAAUGAACACUGGCGGCAGGUGUAUCGCUUGUGCCAUCCCUGCCAAAUCAAUUACGAUUUUGUGGGGAAAUUAGAGACCCUGGAGGAGGACGCGGAGCACUUGCUCCGUAUUCUCCGUGUGGAUAACAUUGUCCAGUUCCCUGCCAGCUAUCGAAAUAGGACAGUUACCAGUUGGGAGCAGGACUGGUUUGCCAACAUCCCCUUUGAGUUGAGAAGGAAGCUGUACAAGCUUUACGAGGCUGACUUCCAACUUUUUGGAUACUCCAAGCCUGAAAAGCUGUUACAUGAGUAACAGUACCUCCAAAUGUUUUUUUUUAAUUUCUCAUUUCAGCUUAAAUUUAUGUCAUUUAUCCUAUUCUUAUGCAUUCAUUCUGUGGUGCCCGGUGACAUCCAUGAGAAAAGAGUAUUGGUCCUUAAUGGAUACGGAGUCCUUAAAACCCAGGCUGGCAUCCAGUGAUUUGUACAAGGGCAUUGAAAACUGUUUUGUGAAUUGUGAAUUUAUCAUUCGCGUUCAGUAUCUCAACAUCAGGCAGGAAGUAUAGACUGCAUUAUGAAAACAUCACACAAAAACAAAUGAAAUAGUCUAUGAAAAGGGGUAAGCACUACAGUGUACGGUGUGAUCAUGACCUCUGAUGGUAGAAAAAGUAGAAAAAGUAUUUCUUUUUACUAAGUGUAUGACUAGCAGAUCAUAGAGAUAUGUAAUAUGCAUUAUAGUGGAUUGCUUUUGAAGACACAAGCCAGUACUUCUCUUUGCCAUAUGUUUUGAGUUACCAUAGAUUAUUUAGUGGCAAUUUAAAGUUCAAGGUAGAGGAGUCAUAAUGUGGUAAA